AAACUAUUUGGAGCACGUUGGGCAGGAAGCUGAAGGCAGGGCUGGAGUGUUUGCUGCCUCUCUCCCCCUCUGGACGCUUCAGGUGUGCUGGCCACCUCUUGCUCAUCUGUCUGAUCACCAUGAUGUCACCAGUGUAAUCCAUCAGCCUGAUGUUCUAUGGGAUGUCCAGGUGAUCCAGAUCUCUUUGGACUAUACUAUGACAAAGGACAGGAAUUGAUCCAUAGGCAGACGCUCUCGUCAGAUUCUAAGAAGGCACAGAGGCAGUGAAAGUCUGACCAAGUGUGAUCCUAGGCCAGCUCCGUGGCCCAGCGGGGCCAGGAAUAGAAGAUGGCAAGUGGAGGCAGCGACUUCAACUGCAGGAUGUUCCCAGGCGACCAGAAUCCAGAGGACCAGAACUCUGUGGAGCAGUUUUUCUCUGAGCUCAUUUUCAGGCUAUUCAAAGAAAAUAAGGUGGAGAUUGCAAGCGCAAUAACGAAGCCAUUUCCUCUCCUUAUGGGCCUCCGGGACCGCGGCUUCAUCCCUGAGCAGAUGUAUGAAGAUUUUCGAGAAGCUUGUAGAAAUCUGGUCCCGGUGGAGAGAGUGGUAUAUGAUGUUCUCAGUGAACUGGAGAAGAAGUUUGACAAGAAAGUUCUGGAUGCCCUAUUCAGCAAGGUUAACCUGAAGGCCUAUCCUGAUUUAAUUGAGAUUUUAAGAAACUUCCAAGAUGUGAUACGUGACAACUUUCAAUACCAAAUUAUUGAUGAAGAAGAGACAAAGGGGAUGCUCAACUUCCAAUUAAACCUUGAACAAGUGUCCUGUGAACACUUACUUCUCCAAAUGGAUAAUGUUAGAGGAUUAGAAGAUAGACCCAGCUUAUUGCCAUGUGAUGUACAAGUGUCCUGUGAACUUGUAAAUCUACAAAUGGAUGAAGGAGAAGAAUCAGAAGAAAUGCCCAGUUUACUACCUUAUGAUGGAGAAGAGGACGGCAAUGCCUGUUCAGAGACCUGUGAUGCAGAAGAACCCCGGGAAGCCUCGAGCUCCCCACCAAGAUGUGGGCCAGUGUCCUGUGAUCCUGAAGCUCCCCAAAGGACCAACGAAGAAGAACCAGAGGACGUGCCCAGCCAGCAACUAUGUGAUGGAGAAGCAGAAGGCAACAGUGCCUGUUCAGAAAUGUGUGACGAAGAAGAGCUCCAGGAAGCCUUGAGCCCACCACCAGAAAGUGGACCAGAUAAGGGAGGAGCAGAGCCACCAGCAUGUGGAAAUGAGAAAUGUUCCUGUGUUAUGUGCUUCUCAAAAGAUGUGCCAGGAGAUCUGGAAUCAAGGGUUGGAAGUAGCCAGGGACGUGACACAAUGGAUACUGUGGAUAUUGGAAACAACUCUAGUUUGGGAAAACCCAAGAGGAAAAGAAGAAAAAAGAAAGGGCAUUCCUGGACAAGAAAUAGAAGGAAGUGGCAGAGAAACACACAUCAACAAGACAAGAGAAAAGUUGGUGGCCAGUUGGUCUCAAGUAGAGAGAAUGUGAAAAUGAAUCUGCAAGACCCUGCCAAGACUAGGGGGAACAUGAGAGGCAGAUCUAAAGUCCACUUGAUUGCUAGUGACAGAGCCCGAACGAAAAGAGUCCAGUCAAGAGGGUCAAGAAAGUACACAGAUAAAAGUGUAGAUUUUCACUCUCAAAUACUUCCUGUGACUUGUGGUCUGGUGAAGGGGAUGUUAUAUAAGAAGAAAUUGAAACGAGGAGCCUUGGUGAAGAGCAUACAGCGUGAAGAUGGAAACUGGCUGACUCCCAGGGAAUUUGAAGUCAAUGGAGGCUUCGCAAGAUCAAAGAACUGGAAGCUGAGUGUACGCUGUGGUGGGAGGCCCCUACGAUGGCUGAUGGAGAAAGGAUUUCUACAUAAUCCUGAAAGAAUUUAUGGCAGGAGAAAAAAGCCGACAAUACUGAAGUCUCCCAACAAUGCCUUAGUAGACCCCUAUCUGGGAAACUCAGAUAUAUGUGAGAUGUGCCGGGAUGGAGGAUGGCUGUUCUGCUGUGAUACUUGCUCGAGAUCUUUUCAUGAGGACUGUCACAUCCCGCCUGUGGAAACUCAGAGGAACCCGUGGAGUUGCACCUUCUGCAGGAUGAAGGAGUCUUCAGGAAGCCAGCAGUGUCACGGGGAGCCUGAGGUCCUGGUGAGGCAGAUGGGGCCUGAGGAGCAGUUGAAAUGUGAGUUCCUCCUCCUGACGGUCUAUUGCCAUUCAGAGAGCUCCUUUUUUGCGAAGAUUCCAUAUUAUUAUUAUAUGAAAGAGGUUUCUGAAAAACUAAAGAAUCCCAUGUGGUUGGACAAAAUCAAGAAGAGACUAAAUGAACAGGGCUACCCCCAGGUGGAGGGGUUUGUGCAGGACAUGCGCCUCAUCUUUCAGAACCACAGGGCAUCUUACAAGUACAAUGACUUUGGCCUAAUGGGACUUAGACUGGAGGCGGAAUUUGAGAAGAAUUUCAAGGAAGUGUUUGCUAUUCAGGAAGCAAAUGAGAACAGCUCACUGGUGUAGUGGAUGCUGGUGGUGCCCCUUUGGGCAGGCUUCUCAACCUCCAGCUGCUGUGAGAGUUGGCUGCUGAUGCCACCCCUCCCCAGAAUAUUGCCUUUGGCCAAAUGGACCCACCUUCACCUGCAAGUUACUCCUCCCUGGAUUGGAGCCGGGCCCCAGCCCCAAGGUGGAACCAACCGUGUGGUGUGACUCAUGUUCCCGUGCUCCCCACGGGAUCAGGCUGGAGCUAGUCUCCAGCUGUCACCACAUCCUUGCUUACCUUUUCCCGCCAUAACAUCUUGCUUCCCCCACUUCUCCUAGAGAACUUUCCCAAUAAAUCACUUACUUAAGAGACUUUA